AUGGCUGAGCUGAACGCUACAUUAAUGGCACGUAGACGCUAUCUAACGAUGGCCAUAUCGUCCCAGCUAGAGGAAGCGGGCUUUGCCACAGCGGAACGGGAUGCACUGGAAACGCUCACCGAAAUGAUGCAGAGCUUUCUCGUAGAGUUGGGCCAAUCGGCAAGAAAUUACUGUGAACUAGCAGGCCGCACACAGCCCGUCAUAGGAGAUGUGAUAGUGUCACUGAUCAAUAUGGGCAUAUCGGUACGGGGGUUGGAAACGUUUGCAAAGCGGGAAAGUCGUCAUACGCUGCCCCAACCACAGCAAGCACAGGCCCAAAAGCAGCAAUCAAUACUGCAGGCGGGACAGAAAAUACCGCACCCAUCGUACAUUCCGAACCAUUUGCCACAGUUUCCCGAUCCGCAUGCAUACAUCCGGACGCCGACCCACAAACAACCGGUAACGGAGUAUGAAGUGAUCCGCGAGAAGGCAGCCCAGCAACAGCGAGACGUAGAACGAGCGUUAACGAAAUUCCUCGCCAAAACGAGUGAAAUUGACACACUGUUCGAGAACGAAGAAAAUCCAAUGUUCCCGCUGAUUGCCUGCAAACCAUCCUUUCCACCGUAUCUUCAAGCACUCAACCCAAGCGAUCAGAUAUUUGAUUUCGAGGAGCUCGAAUACUACUAUCUCGUAGCGAACCGGAAGGAAGACCCGACGGAAACGAAGGAAGAAGCGGACGCGGACGAUGAUGACGACGAGGAUGGGGAAAGUCCUAAAAAGGAGGAGAAAAGAUCACAACAGGAAGCCAAACAGCAGGUAGAGGUAGAGGAUGCUUCUUCUCCAUCCGCCGGGAAGGGUGAUUCGACGCCGGGUGGGGUUAGCAAUUCCGGACAAUCAUCCUCCAGCGCUAAUGUACCGGCUCCGAUCGAUAAUCCGUACCUGCGUGCGGCAACAAUACCUCGCAAGGUGAAGCACGAUUUGCGCUAA